AUGCCCAAACCAAAUUUGGAAAAGAAGAAACAUAAGGCGGUUUUUUGUUUCGCUCCAUACUGUUUCCUGAUUGAUGAUGCAGAACGUAUUGCAUCUGCAGAAUUGUCACCCAAACUCAAAGAGAAUUACGUAGUAGGGACAAUCAACACCGAUAAUCUUCUAUUCGGUGCGGGUAUUCCCAUUUUUGGUAAAAUUAAUGGCUUUACGUAUCCAAAUGGCACAGGAUUGAUGCAAUUGUUUCGUAGUCAAACACCUCCACUCGUCGAAAAUAAUUUGUAUAUUCGUCUGCUAUAUCCAAAUGGUACAUUGAACAAAUUUACUGUACCAACAUACGAUGUCCAUAACGUCCUACCGCGUGCUUACCCGCUCAAUGACGGAUAUGUGUUAGUAACGCAUCUAAAAGACGAUAUAGUUCUGCAUGGAAUGUUGGUCGAUUGGAGUGGCCAGGUAUUGCAACGUUAUGUGAUGCUUGCCGAUGGUCCUCUCAACGCCACUGAUUCCAAUGACUACAAAACACUCGUAAAAACCAACAUCGAUCCAGAUAAGGAUUUUCUUGUAACGGCAAUGGACCCUGGUAAAUUUAUCCAGUGGAAAAUUUUUAGUGCGCCCAAUAAUAGCAUGCAUCAAAUAACACAAUUGUACUUUGGCAGUAUCACGGGACAUAAUGGCAAUUUACUGACGGGUUUCUCAAUCUUUCCUACCACUGAAGGCGGUUAUGGCAUAGCAGUUUUAGAAAACAUAAUGCACCAAGUCGAAGAUAUUACAUUAUACCAUUCUUCUCCGCUAUGGUUUUUGUAUGUUAAUUUCUGGCAACCUGAUACUAGACAAUUCGACACGCCUCAUUUAGUUUGGCAGAGCUCCAACCCAUCAACCUAUAAUUUCUAUAAUUUAGAUGAGUGUGAAGUGGCUGCUGAUGGAACAGGAUACUUUUGUAUUAUAGAAUAUACUAGUUUUCAGUCUGUAUACGAGAAAACUAAUACGGAUUACGUAAAAGUGGAAUUCCUAUCUAGUGGUUCGGUAACUGAUGUCAACGUGAUAUUGACUGGUGCAGAAAACAACGCUGAAAAAAAUAUGUAUGGAAUACGGCGUCUGCCUUAUGGUGGAUUUCUUGUUAUACAAUUAAUACAAGAUCAGGAGGAUUAUACUAUAACAUAUAAUAUAACUGUCGCAGCUCAUAAUGGGACAAUUGUAAAGACCUUUUUGUUCGAUCAAUAUAUUGACGAUUUUGCCAUAUUUCCGAAUAACACUCUGUGGAUGGGAGCUGUAAACUCGUCACAGUUAAUCGUAUACAAUACACCACUUCCCAAACAAUUGCCAGAAGAUGCUGGAUUCAACAAUCUUCUUGUAAAGUCAUCGAGUCCGCAAUCGGGCACUUAUGUGUCUUCAAGUACUACGGAUAUUACACUGAUAUUCAGGGAUCAGGUUGCGCUUUCGACACAAAAUAUUUCAGUUUACCAAGCGACGGACGGGAACCCUAUCCUCAGGCAGGGUUUCAAUGCAAAAUCUAGUUUCUGUUCUGUUACAUUAAAUGAUUCGGCUGUAACGUGCAAAAUAUUCAAAAGUACUUUCAACACGCCUGAUGCUACAUAUGAUGUCGUUGUGGAUAACAAUUUUGUAAUGAGUAAAAGUUUGAAACAACCACUUCCCGGGGUGGCGAAGGGAAAGUGGGUGUACUAUGGAGACUCAGCUGAAGCUAAAGGAGAAUAUACAGAGACCACGACAGGUCUUUUAAGGUUGACACCUGAAGGAACAACUUACUUUGAACAAUUAUCUACUAAUGAUAAGAACUCGUUCUUAGACUCCAUGGUUACAAAGCUUGCUGAGCUCAUCCCCAUUGACCCAUCACGUAUAACCACCAGCAGACGAAAUCAACCUGACCCUAAUGCACAAAAUCAGAUAACGUUUCAAAUCACUCUCAAACCAACCGAGGAUCAGUCGCAGAAAACAGUACAGCAGAUUAUGGAUGAUCUUGAUGAUUUAAUUAAGUAUAAAGCUUAUAAUUCCUUUUCGCAGGAGAAUUUUACUAAGUAUCUCGACGAAACUUAUGGGUUUUCACCUGUCGCCAAUUUGUGGGCAACUUACAGAUUUAAAUUAAUUGGAUUGUUUGCUGGUCUCUUGAUAUUAUCAAUAAUAUACCUCUUCGCGAGACAGAAGUAUCCAGAGGGUCAAAAUUUUGCUGCUGUAAAGCUUGUACUAAUACUUGCAGACCUGAGUCUUGAUAUAGCGUUUGUACUCUCAAGUGCAAGGAACGUCCCACAAUUACAUACGCCAAGUAUAGCCUUUUUGAUAGUUCCUAUUGUCUUCAAUUCUACUUUGGCAUUUUCAAUCUUAAUGACAGAAUUAAGUAAAAAUACUAAAUUUCAAGAAUGGUUCAGCCAGAAUGUAAGAAUAGCUUCGAUACUUACUCUGCUAGCAGGUGCUGACGUUGAAGCUAUCACAUUUCUCGGAUCUAAAUUUGCUGGUUGGCAGAUGUUCUCUGCACCUUUGUCAAAGACAGCACUGAAUUACAUUUUCUGGGGUAGCACAUUAAAUUUGUUUAUUGAAGAUAUUCCCCAAUUGGUCAUUCAGAUUCUGUAUAGACAUCGAACAGUCUCAUAUGAUAUUAUUCCACUCUUGUCAUUAAUAAUGAGCUCUAUCAUCUUGACUUCUAAUAUUAUUGGACACCUCUAUGACGGAUAUAUAAAAUUGAAAGAAAAGAAACUCAAUCACUACAUUAAAGCAAAAGAUGAAAU